UUUCAAUCCUAGGAGGGUUUUCUGGUCUCUCAAAGUAGCCGAACUGUGUGUGUGUGUGUGCGCGCGUUCCUCCGACUUGUAGCCUGCUGUUGGGUCGACUCAUGACUAGGCUACUUCAAUUCAAAGUGUAAUUUCUAUCAGGUCUCUUUAGCAUAGUUUACAUUACAUGUCGCAACAGUUUGUUUUAACAACGAUAGAGAGAGCAACCGGUGCACACGAUAGAGUCAAUUCUACUACGGCUGCCCCCGCGCGCUGAAGCCAACAUCUCCGGCAAUGAUGCAGUCGAGGGAGUAAAUUGCAGAUUACCAGCGUCGUGUGCGCACGUGUGGUGUCGUAUCAUUAAACAUUGAAGAUUACUAAACUCCCGCUGACUGGACGCGAAACAGCCGAGAAAACGGGAAGAGCGAGACGACCCGCUUGGUCUCUACGACAACCUGCCGUCAACAAACACGAUUUUAUGCCUCCAUAGGCUACAUUAACGAGUCUGUGGAUGUGGAGGGAGGACAAGACCACCAGGUGGAGCCAGAGAGCCUGUCCCGAUCUGAAAGUCACGCCAUGCCAGCAGAGGGCAGGAAGCCGCGCUCCCACAGUGUCCGUCCGGUGCGUCGACGGACCUCCCGGCGGAGAGCGGCCAGCGUGAAGUCGUCGUGUGCGGAGGUGGACAUCCUUAGCCCAGCAGCUAUGAAGAACGCAUACUACAUCUCCCACAAUGCCAUGGACUGCCUGGAGUUCCGGGGCUUCGGCUGGCCGGAGGCUGGCAGGAAGAGAGGCAGGCGAGCCAGGAAGCCCAAGAGCAGAAAGUGACCUCAGCUCACCCCAGUCCAGCAGGGGGCGCCCAAGAGCAGGAAGUGACCUCAGCUCAGCCCAGUCCAGCAGGGGGGGCCCAACUCAACACUGCACUGUGCCAACUAGCCUGCAGGACCACUGCACCACAGGCCUCAUACACACACACACACACAUACAUACAUACUUACUCAUACACACACACAUACAUACUUACUCAUACACACAUAUACACACACACACACACAUAUACUUACUCAUACACACACACACACACACACACAUACAUACUUACUCACACACACACACAAAUUCAUACACACAAACUGUGGUUUAAAUAUCAGGAUUAUACGCCUGUCAUUACUUCCUCUUGAUUACAGAUCACUGUUAUCACUUUACAUGUCAAGCAGAGACACUACAAUUAAAUUAGUCUCGUCCCCACAAACAUUGA